AUGUCCCCCGAACAAGCAGUCGUAGUAAUCGGCUCCGGCCUGGCAGGCCUCUGCGCCACUACCCAGCUGAUCGCGCACCGCAUCCCCGUCAUCAUGCUCGAGCGCGCCGCCAAACCCGGCGGAAACAGCAUCAAGGCCUCGUCCGGGAUCAACGGCGCGCCGACGCGGUUCCAGCCCGCGCUCCAACACGACACUACGGACCUCUUCCUCGCCGACACGCUCAGCUCUGCCGGCGGCCGGCUCACCAGCUCCGUCGCCGAGGAGCGCGCGCGGCGCGAGAAGCUCAUCAACACGCUGGUCACGUCCUCGGCGGAGGCGGUCCACUGGCUCGCCGACGAGCAGGGCGUCGAUCUGAGCACGGUCACGCAACUCGGCGGCCACAGUCGCGCGCGCACACACCGCGGCGGCGCCGGCCAGAAGCCGCCCGGGUUUGCGAUCGUGAGUGCGCUGCUGGAGUCGCUGGAUCGGGAGCCGUUGUUUCAGCUGCGGACGAAUGCGAAAGUCACGAGGGUGAUUCAAGUGCAAGAAGGCCAACACGACGAGAAAGAAGGUAUGCUGGGGGUGGAGGUCGAUGCGGGGCAGGAGGGGGGGGAUAAUCGGACCGAGACGCUGUAUGGGCCGUUGGUGUUCGCGACGGGCGGCUUCGCCGGGGAUACGCAUGGAUUGUUGGAGAAGUACCGGCCGGAUCUGGCGGGGAUCCCGUCGACGAAUGACGCGCGCGAAGGCACGCAGCCGCUGCUGGAGGCGGUGGGGGCGGCGGUCGUCGAUAUGGAUCAGGUCCAGGUGCAUCCGACGGGGUUCGUGGAUGCGAAGGAUCCCGCGGCCCUCGUGAAGUUUCUCGCGGCCGAGGCGCUGAGAGGUGAAGGGGGGAUCUUGCUGGAUGGUCGGGGAGGGCGGUUUGUCGAUGAGUUGACAACGCGCGAGAAGGUCACCGCUGCUGUCAUGGCGAGCGCGAGUCCGUUGGAGGAUACCAGUCUGCGGCAGUGGGAUGUCACGCUAUUGAUGGACGAAGGGGCGGCGGCGGCUGCGAAAACGCAUCUCGAUUUCUACCUGUGGAAGGGGCUGAUGCGGAAGACCACGGUCGGCGAGCUCGCGCUCCCUCUCGUUCGCAACACGCUUCAGGGCUAUGCCGAUGUGGUCUCUGGCAAAAAGCCGGACGUGUUCGGGCGGACCUCGUUCGGGAACUGGACCUUGAAAGAUGUGGGUUCCGAUUCGGUGGUCUAUGUGGGACAGGUCACGCCCGUGGUUCAUUUCACCAUGGGAGGCGUCGUGAUCAACGAGUACAGUCAAGUGCUGGACAAGGACGGCGCUCCUAUCCAAGGCCUCUGGGCUGCAGGCGAGAUCACGGGCGGACUUCACGGUCAGAAUCGUCUAGGAGGUUCUUCCCUCCUGGAAUGUGUCGUCUUCGGGAGGAUAGCCGGUGAGAAUGCUGCUGCCUUCCAUCGGGAACACUAG